UUCGUAAUUGAACAGAUAAGCGGUUCUUUCAAAUUUGAUUGAAUUUUUACUUGCGCGAAUAGAAUAGAUUGUUCACAAACGCUUAACGAUGAAAGUCAUUACACUUACUAUAACUCUGCUGAUGGUGGCCAUUCAUCAGGUACCAUCGACAUUGGCAGACGUACAAAACCUAGCUCCCGUUUUCAACUUUACGGAAAAUAUAGAAAAUGCUUAUCAACUGGCUAAAAGGCAAUCCAAGCCCAUUGUCCUUGUUGUUCAUGAUACUCACUGCGGAGCUUGCAAAAGCCUUAGACCAUCCUUAAUCGAAAGCCAUGAAUUGAGACAACUGAGUAGAGAUGUAAUCAUGGUACAAAGCUUGGACGGCCAAGAUCAAGUAGCGAAUGCAGUAAAUCCUGACGAUAAUACCUACGUUCCCAGGAUAAUUUUUAUCGGAUGCAAUGGCAAAGUGUUUGACUCCAUAUUCAAUGUGAAUCAACCGAAAUUCAAAAACUAUUACACCACUGCCGAAGAUGUCAUUGCCGGAAUGGAAAAAGCCAUAGAGGCAAACAAAGGAAUAUCAUGUUAAUGGUGGUAGUUAUUGAAAAAUAGAAAUAAAUCUCGCUGAAACUUCGAAA